AUGUCGUCGGCCGCGUACCUGCGCCAGUCGGCCGCGCCGUGCGACGGCUACUUCCUCGGCUGCGCGUCCAGCCCCGACAGCGGGUGCUCGUCGGCCCCCAGCCCGGCGGGGGCGGCGCCGCUGCCGCCCCCGGCGCCCGCCUGCCCCUUCGCCGCCUCCGCGCACGACGACGAGGAGGAGGACUUCUGGUGCUACUCCGGCGGGUACGCGUACUACGACGCCUCCGCGCAGCCGCCCGCCGGCGACAGCAGCAGCCGGGGCUCGUUCUGCCCCAGCGACGCCGGCAGCCCGGCGGGGGGCGGCAAGGCACCGCCGCCGCCGCCGCCCCCGAGGUCGUCGGCGCACCACCAGCCCCACCCGCCCGGCGUCGAGGUGCUGAGGCGGCGGCGGCUGGCGGCGAACGCGCGCGAGCGCCGCCGCAUGAACAGCCUCAACGACGCGUUCGACCGCCUGCGGGACGUGGUCCCUUCGCUGGGCAACGACCGCAAGCUGUCCAAGUUCGAGACGCUGCAGAUGGCGCAGACGUACAUCGCGGCGCUCUACGAGCUGCUGCAGAGGGACUGA